AUGGGAAAGCGGGUUUAUCCAGGGCUCUACAUGCGUGCCCGAACAAAACCUUUGUUUAGUGCCUGUACCCACAUAACGCUUGCAUCGAUAGCCGAGGCUCCCAACCAUUGGGAUUUCUACAGUAAGAUGAUGAGCAACUACGUGUCAACGUUUUAUGCCACCAUAAGCGGCAACUAUGUGGUUAUUGUCACUCUCCUGUUCGUGAUGGUGCUAACUUUCCUUCUACCGGAUAUCUCAAAUAAACUGCAAGCAUCCCACGAGCUAAAGAAUAUGAAGGAACUUAUGGGUAAAAUGACGUCCGAAGUGAAGCAAGCAGAAGUGGCAUGCCUGGCUGUAGCUGAUGAAAUUUGUUGCAUUCACUGCGCCAUGAAAAAAAGCAACACGGAAACUCAAAAGCAAGUGCGAGACUUGUCAGUCUGCACCAGCCAUUGCAUGCAGACUACCCAGUCCGAGCCCGCCCGAACCGAAAAAGAAGUUGGUUUCAUUCGAAGAAUCUUCUUCCCCAUUAAAAACACUUCAAACAAGGAAGUCACCAUUAUGUCGUACGUCUACACCAACUCGUUUGAUGCCCAAAAACCUGUGAUCACUGCAAGUCAGUAA